AUGGCAGAUACAGACGUUUCGCCUGUUGUUCCACCAGCUGGCAGCUCUGAUCCUGGGCUGAUCAGCUGUGCUCCUUCCUCUGACACAGAGCUGCCGGCAGGGGGGCAGGAAGUCCAGUCUGCCCCAGAACAGAGCCUCGAUCCUGGGCUGAAGAGCCAGGAGGUCGCUGGGACAGAGGAGGAAGAGGAGGAGGCAAAACCUAGACCUCCUCUACUUCACCUCCGCAGAGAUGCGACCGUCAGAGGACACCGGCGAAUAGGAGGCCAGAACCUGAGAGCCACCAAUCACAUCUCUUCUCCAGCGGCCGCUCCGUCCCUGGCCGCUGGCGCCUCAGUGUCUGGUAAAAGGACGGUGCUGCUGUCCAAUGAGGCGAGGAGAGAGAUGGCGAAGCAGGCGAGAGCUGUGAAGGAGGAGCGGCGAGCGACGCUGGACGCACGACACAAAUACCUGAUGGGAAGACUGGUGGAUGCUGGGACCCUGGCGGAGGCAGACAUGGAGGAUGCCCUCAUCUCUGAUGAUAAGUUCACUCUGAUUGAUGAUUUCUUUGCUGCAAACGGAUCCAAGAAGCUGAUUUUCUUCUAUCAGAACAUGAAGCAGAAUCUGUCGUCCAGUCAUUCCUCCUCUGUGGAUGUGGCCACCUCAGCUGUGGCUCAGAAGAAACUCUUCCUCACUACAGGGAGCUCUGAGCCUUUACUGGGGAAGUGUUUGUUCUUCCUGAGAACCACAGACAAGGCCAUCACCACUGCUAACGUCCAGCAGGAGGUGAACUUCAGCACGUUGGACUGCAGUGACGGCAGCAUCCUCACCAGCCUGGAAACUCUGCUGUCUCACAUCAUGUUACCUGCUCUCAGAUCACAGCAGAUUUGGGGCACAGUGCAGGACGGUGUGUCCUGUCCAGACGUCCGGUCCUUUCUGUCCUCAGUAGAUCAGUUCGUCAGUAAUCUGAGCUCGGCCAGAGUCAACAUGGAGAGAAAGUUCCAGCUGCAGCAGGUCGAGCUUCCUGGUGUCAUCAGCCAGCUGAGCAGCCCUGCAGACUACACCUCCGCAGCCAAUAACAGCGAGCUGGUGGAGCGUCUGGAGGGCGUGGUCUCAGUGUGGACCAAUCAGAUCAAGCAGGUGCUGACGGAGAGCGAGCAGAUGAGGAGGGAGGCGGAUGACGUUGGACCAUCAGCUGAGCUGGAGCACUGGAAGAGACGCAUGGUCACCUUUAACAGUCUAAUGGAGGAGGUGAAGCGUCCUCAGGUGAAAAGGACUCUGGGAGUUCUGCAGGUGGCCAAGUCGCGAACGCUUCGUACCUGGAGAGAGUUGGAUGGUGACAUCACUGUCGUGGCCAACGAGGCAAAGGACAACGUGAAGUUCCUCCACACGCUGGACAGGUUCUUUGGACCGCUGGGGAAAUGCACUCCGACCAGAAUGCUGGAGCACAUUCCCGGCCUGAUGACCAGUAUCAGAAUGAUCCACACCGUCUCUCAGUACUACAACACCUCAGAGAGAAUGACCUCCCUGCUGCUCAAAGUCACCAACCAGAUGAUCAGCACCUGCAGGAGCUACCUGUCGCAGGACGUGGCUCGCAUCUGGGACCACAGCAGGCCGGUGCUGCUGCAGCGGAUCUCUGCCUGCUGUAAUCUAAAUGUUGAGUAUCAGAGGAGCUUCCAGACCAUCAGAGACAAACUGAGAGAAAACCCUGAAAGCAGACAGUUUGACUUCAGUGAGAACUACAUCUUUGGGAAGUUCGAUGCGUUCUGCAGACGUCUGGAGAAAAUCGCUGACAUGACAUCGACCCUGCAGAACCUGGCUGCUCUGCAAAACAUGAAGGUGGAGGGCAUUGAGAAGAUUUAUGUUCGCUAUCAGACGAUCGUCUCCACCACCAAGUCCAAGACCUACGACAUCCUGGACCACCGCAAGCUGGAGUUUGACAGUGACUAUGCAGACUUCCAGCUCCAGGUUCAGGGCUUGUUCCAGUCUCUUCAGUCUCUGUUGGACUUCUGGUUCAGUCAGUCUCUCACUACGGAGAGGAUGCUGGAGCUGCUCACAGUGUAUGAAUCCGGUCCGACGGCUCUUCUGGACCUGAAGCAGUACUACCUGCACCUGCUGCAGCGUUACAGCCGAGAGCUGGAGCUGCUGAAGAAGACCUACCAGAGACAGAGAGACAGACCACCCACCGGACGCAACCUGCCGCCAGUGGCAGGUCGGAUCUUGUGGUGUCGUCAGCUCUUCAGGAAGAUUGAAGCUCCCAUGUUGAUCCUGAAGAAGAAGCUCGACGUCCUCAAAGGACCGGAGAUGACGAAGGUGAUCCGGAGCUACAACAAGCUGGCCGUGGUGCUACUGCAGUAUGAGCUGCUGCACCUGCAAGGCUGGAGCGAGGCUGCAGAGAGAACGCCACACUGCCUGAACGCCGCCCUGCUGGUCCGACACCAAAACUACAAGGAGGUUUCUGUGAACCUGGACCCUGUGGUUCUGGAGGUGCUGCAGGAAGCCCGCUGGAUGACCAAACUCGGGGUGACGGUGCCAAACGUCAUUAUGAAGAUGACCUCCAGAGAAGCACAGCUCAGAACUCUGUACAGCCGGCUGCUGGAAAUGCUCCAGGACUUCAGCGCGGUGGUUGCCAGGAUCCCGCCUCUCCUCUUCCCUCUGAUGCAGCCGUUCAUUGGCCGAGUGGAGGCGGCUCUCUCCCCUGGACUCACCACUCUGUCCUGGACCGCACUCAACACUGAUGGAUUCAUAGGGAGUGUGUAUCUGGCUCUGAAGGAACUGGACCAGGUCAGUAAAGUUGCCACAGACCUGCUGGAGUGUCGCAUCGGUCGGCUGCUGGAGGCGAUGUCAUCGUGCCGUCUGCUCGUCCUGCCCGAAGACUCGCCUGUCUCACCUCAGCACCUCCUGCUGCAGACAGACGGCUCGGUCCAAGCUGCUGCUGUCACUCUGAGCUGGCAGAGCCAGCAGGUAGAGAGGUAUGUGUUUGAGCUGACUGAGGAGCUGAAGAGGAAGAUGAAGCCAACAGAGACUGUUAAUCUGGAGGGAUCUUUCCAGUGUCUCCAUCCGGACUCCAAACAGAAGACUCGCUGUCUCACUUGUCUUCCUUGUCGUUUCUACAGUCUGAUUGGUCAGCUCUGCCACCGUAACACUGAAGCUCUGGUCAAAGCCACCAAAUCCUCUCUGGACGCUUUGAGGAGGAGACUUCAUUUCCCCAAAUACCAGCCGUCCUCCUCCUCCUCCUCCUCCUCCUUCUCCUCCAGUAGCAGCCAAUCAGCUCCUCCUCCUCUCUUCAGAGCCUCCAUUCAGCUCACGAUCCCCAACAUCAUCCUGAGACCAAGCCUGGACGACAUCCAGAGCACUGUGAAUAAGCUGGUGAGCGUUGUGUUGUCUCUAACUAAAGACAUCCCUCUGUGGACUUACUCUCACCUGCAGUACAAACAGCAGCAGGUGGAGCAGGCGGCGGUUCGGGAUGCAGGAGACGACAUCCUGGUGAAGCCGCCGGUGCUGAGACGGCUGGACAGACAGCUGGCCGAGCACAAGGACGUCACCAAGUUGGUGAUGCAGCUCGGCUCCAUCGUGUCGUCUCUGAGAGUUCAGGCUGCCGACACGCUGGAUGAACUCACUCACUUCUCUACUCUGUGGAACCAGGACCCAGAGGAGCAGGUUCAGACCUUCUUGCAGUCCGAUCCUUCGCUGACAGAGUUCAGCUCUCAGAUCUCUUCUUACUCUAAGCUGGAGGAGCAGAUUUCGGAGCUCCCUGCGUCCUGCACCGUGGGUUCGAUUCUCUUCCACACCGACGAGCUGAAGCUGGCUCUCACUCAGGAGUGUCGCGUGUGGAAACGAGCUUUCGGCGCUGCGCUCAACCGCCGGGCGUCCGCCGACAUGGACGACAUCUUCUCAUUCGUGGAUGGGCUGACGAAACGCCUGCAACGUCCAAUCACAGACCUGGAGGACGUACGAGGAGCGAUGGCGGCGCUCAGAGAGGUUCGGGAGGCGGAGGUUCGUAUCGAUGCUAGCAUCGGUCCGGUGGAGGAGUCCUUCGCUCUGCUCAACAAACACGAGCUGCUGUUCAACGACGGGAACGCCGAGCGCGUGGACGGACUGAUGUACGCCUGGACGAACCUCAACGUCCUGGUGGUGCAGAACCAGAACACUCUGGUGAAGAUCCAGCCGAGCAUGAAGGCAGACCUGCUGUCUGCAGUGCAGAGCUUCCAGAUCAGCGUUCAGAGUUUCUGCUCCGAGUACAACCAGAGGGGUCCGGGGGUGGAGGGCCUGGCUCCAGCUGAAGCCAGUGAGCUGCUGCAGAGCUUCCAGGCUGAGUUUGAUCAGCUGUGGAGGAAAUACACCACCUACUCUGGAGGAGAGGAGCUGUUCGGACUGCAUGUCAACGAGUAUCCGGAGCUGCAGAGGAUCAAGAGGGAGCUUUCUCUGCUGUCCAAACUCUACGGUUUGUAUAACUCUGUCAUCGACAGCGUGGCCGGCUACUACGACAUCCUGUGGGCCGACCUCAACAUCGAGAAGAUCAACACUGAGCUGCAGGACUUCCAGAACAGGAUCCGAAAGCUUCCGAAGGCGCUGAAGGAGUGGCAGGCCUUCAUAGAUCUGAAGAAAACCAUCGAUGACUUCACUGAGACGUGUCCUCUGCUCUGCAUGAUGGCCAACAAGGCCAUGCUGCCCAGACACUGGACUCGUCUCAGCGACUUGACCGGUCACAGUUUCCAGGUGGAAUCGGAGAGUUUCUCCCUCAGAAGCAUCAUGGAGGCUCCGCUGCUGAAAAAUAAAGAAGACAUUGAGGAUGUUUGUAUCAGCGCUGUGAAGGAACGAGACAUCGAGGCCAAACUGAAGGAUGUGGUGGCCGAGUGGAGCAGCCACACGCUCAGCUUUGCCACCUUCAGGACGAGAGGAGAACUGCUGCUGAGAGGAGCCGACACCGCCGAGAAAAUCUCCAUGAUGGAGGACAGUCUGAUGGUGCUGGCAUCGCUGCUGAGUAACAGGUACAACGCUCCGUUCAAGCCGUCCAUCCAGCUGUGGGUCCAGAAACUCUCCAACACCUCAGAGAUCAUCGAGAAGUGGUUGUCGGUUCAAAACCUGUGGAUCUACCUCGAGGCCGUGUUCGUAGGAGGAGACAUCGCCAAGCAGCUGCCUCAGGAGGCCAAACGUUUCCAGAACAUUGACAAGUCGUGGCAGAGGAUCAUGCAGCGAGCACACGAGCUUCCCAACGUGGUGCAGUGCUGCGUGGGAGACGAGACGCUCAGCCAGUUGCUGCCUCACCUGCUGGAGCAGCUGGAGCUCUGUCAGAAGUCUCUGUCCGGUUACCUGGAGAAGAAACGGUUGGUGUUUCCUCGUUUCUUCUUUGUGUCUGAUCCUGCUCUGCUGGAGAUUCUGGGCCAAGCCUCCGACUCGCACACUAUACAGGCUCAUCUGCUCAGUCUGUUUGACAACAUUAACAGAGUUGUUUUCAGUGAGAAAAUCUACGACCAGAUGAUCAGUUUUCAGUCUCAAGAAGGAGAAACUGUAGAUCUGAGCCAGCCUGUCCUGGCACAGGGUAACGUGGAGGCGUGGUUAGGCCAGCUGUUGGCCGGGGUGAGGCAGACCCUCCAUGCCAUCAUCCGUCAGGCCUUCCUGGCCAUCAGUGACCCGGGUCUGAAGCUGCUGGACUUUCAGGCUGCGUUCCCGGCUCAGGUCGGCCUGCUGGGAAUCCAGAUGAUCUGGACCAGAGACGCAGAGGAGGCGCUGGUCCUCAGCAAGUCUGACAAGAAGAUCAUGCAGACGACCAAUCAGAAGUUCCUGGAUCUCCUUAACGAGCUGAUCGACAUGACGACCAGAGAGCUGAGCAAGAACGAGAGGACCAAGUAUGAGACGCUCAUCACCAUCCACGUCCACCAGAGAGACAUCUUCGACGAGCUGGUGCAUCUGAAUGUGAGGUCUGCGUCAGACUUCGAGUGGCAGAAACAGUCGAGGUUUUACUUCUUGGAGGAGACAGACAGAUGUGUCAUCCAAAUCACAGAUGUGGAGUUCAGCUACUGCAAUGAAUACCUGGGCUGCACAGACAGACUGGUGAUCACUCCGCUGACAGACAGGUGUUACAUCACUCUGUCCCAGGCUCUAGGGAUGAGUAUGGGAGGAGCUCCAGCUGGUCCGGCAGGAACAGGUAAGACAGAGACUACUAAAGACAUGGGUCGCUGUCUGGGGAAAUAUGUGGUUGUUUUCAACUGUUCAGACCAGAUGGACUACAGAGGACUGGGACGCAUCUAUAAAGGUCUGGCUCAGUCCGGCGCCUGGGGCUGCUUUGAUGAGUUUAACCGAAUCGAGCUGCCGGUUCUGUCUGUCGCCGCCCAGCAGAUCUACAUCGUCCUGCAGUGUAAGAAAAACAAGAAGAAGCAGUUUGUCUUCACUGACGGAGACGUGGUCGACAUGGACCCUGAGUUUGGCAUCUUCCUCACCAUGAACCCCGGUUAUGCUGGUCGUCAGGAGCUGCCCGAGAACCUGAAAAUCCAGUUCCGCACAGUCGCCAUGAUGGUCCCGGACCGAGCCAUCAUCAUGAGGGUCAAACUGGCCAGCGCAGGUUUCCGUGACAACCAGGUUCUCAGCAGGAAGUUCUACACACUCUACAAACUGUGUGAGGAGCAGCUGUCCAAGCAGGUGCAUUAUGAUUUUGGUCUGAGGAACAUUUUGUCAGUUUUGAGGACGCUGGGAGCCGUGAAGAGGUCCAACCCAUCAGAACCAGAGAAGACUGUGGUGAUGAGGGUCCUGAGAGACAUGAACCUCUCCAAACUGGUGGAUGAGGACGAGCCUCUGUUUAUGAGUCUGAUCAAUGAUCUGUUUCCUGGUAUUGUCCUGGAUAAGGCAGGAUAUCCAGACUUAGAGUCAUCCAUCUUCAGUCAGGCUCAGCAGGCCGGUCUGAUCCCUCAUCCUCCCUGGAUCCUCAAACUGGUUCAGCUCUACGAGACGCAGCGAGUCCGACACGGUAUGAUGACGUUGGGUCCCAGCGGCGCCGGGAAGACGGCCUGCAUCCACACACUGAUGAAGGCCAUGUCAGAGUGCGGCUCUCCACACCGGGAGAUGAGGAUGAACCCCAAAGCCAUCACGGCCUCGCAGAUGUUCGGCACGCUGGACGUCACCACCAACGACUGGACCGACGGUGUCUUCUCCACUCUGUGGAGGAAGACCCUCAAGGCCAAGAAGGGAGAAUCCAUCUGGAUCGUGCUGGAUGGACCGGUGGACGCCAUCUGGAUCGAGAACUUAAACUCAGUUCUGGACGACAACAAAACCCUGACACUGGCGAAUGGAGACCGGAUCCCCAUGGCCCCCUGCUGCAAGAUCGUCUUCGAGCCGCACAACAUCGACAACGCCUCCCCGGCCACGGUGUCCAGGAACGGGAUGGUGUUUAUGAGCUCGUCGGUGCUCGGCUGGAGGCCCAUCCUGCAGGCCUGGCUACAGAAACUACCAGAACAACAGGCAGACGCCCUGAAAGUCUGCUUCAACUGCUGCUACCAGGACCUGUUGGACUUCGUCUCCACUGCUGUGUCUCCUAAGAUGCCGAUGCUGGAGUGUAUGUACAUCAGACAGACCAUCGACCUGCUGCAGGGUUUGCUCCCAGCAGCGGAGGAGAAACAGGGUUGCCAUGGUGACGUGGGUCGACUGUUUGUGUUUGCGGUCAUGUGGUCUCUCGGAGCGCUGCUGGAGCUGGACGACAGAUCCAAGAUGGAGGCCUUCCUAAAGGGUCGAAACUUGUCUCUGGACCUGCCGCACACUCAGGACGAUGAGACCAUCUUUGAGUUCACCGUCAACGAGCAUGGACAGUGGGAGCACUGGUCCAACAAGGUCCCAGAAUAUGUCUACCCCAAAGACCACGUUCCUGACUACUCGUCCAUCCUGGUUCCCAAUGUGGACAACGUGAGGACGGACUUCCUGAUGCAGACUAUCAUGAAGCAGAGGAAAGCUGUGCUGCUGAUCGGAGAGCAGGGAACUGCCAAGACCGUCAUGAUAAAAGGCUACACCAGUAAACUGGACCCGGAGCGUCACCUCAGCAAGACGGUGAACUUCUCCUCGGCCACGCUGCCCAGCAUGUUCCAGAGGACCGUCGAGAGCUACAUCGAUAAACGGAUGGGCGCCACCUACGGGCCGCCGGCAGGCCGCAGGAUGACCGUCUUCAUAGAUGACAUCAACAUGCCCGUCAUCAACGAAUGGGGAGACCAGAUAACCAAUGAGAUAGUGCGUCAGCUGAUGGAGCAGGGAGGUUUCUACAGUCUGGAUCGUCCAGGAGAGUUCAUCACCGUGGUCGACGUUCAGCUGGUGGCAGCGAUGAUUCAUCCCGGCGGCGGUCGGAACGACAUCCCUCAGCGUCUGAAGAGGCAGUUCUCCAUCUUUAACUGCACGCUGCCCUCCAACUCCUCCAUCGAUAAGAUCUUUGGCACCGUGGCUCAGGGCUACUUCUGCCCAGAGAGGGGCUUCCCUGCUGGGGUCUGCGCCCUCGCUGCCGCCCUCGUACCCACCACCAGACGGCUGUGGCAGGCUGUGAAGGCGAAGAUGUUGCCGUCUCCUGCUAAGUUUCACUACAUCUUCAACCUGCGAGACCUCAGCAGGAUCUGGCAGGGGAUCCUCACAGUGAAGUCUGAAGUGUGUCAGAGCUCUGAGCUCCUCUCCGCUCUCUUCCAUCACGAGUGCAGCCGAGUGAUCGCCGACCGAUUCAUCGACGGCAGCGACACACAAACCUUCAGCUGCAUCAUGGAGAAGAUCACAGUGGAGGAUCAUGGGAGAGCUCUGACUGAGCAUGCUCAGUGGGACGGCUGCUUCGUGGACUUCCUGCGUGAAGCUCCGGAGGCGACGGGAGACGAACCUGAAGACGCAGAGCUGGAGGCUCCGAAGGUGUAUGAGCCAAUCCCGUCGCUGGAUGUUCUGGCGGAGCGGCUGUCUGUUUUUCAGCUGCAGUACAACGAGGCGGCGAGGGGCGGAGCCAUGGACCUCGUCUUCUUUAAGGACGCGAUGACUCACCUGAUGCGGAUCUCCCGGAUCGUGCGGACGCCGCAGGGGAACGCUCUGCUGGUCGGCGUCGGAGGGUCGGGGAAGCAGAGUCUGACGAGGCUGGCGUCGUUCAUUGCAGGAUACCAAACCUUCCAGAUCACACUGACCAGGACGUACAGCAGCAGUAACCUGUUGGAGGAUCUGAAGGCUCUGUAUCGUAUCGCUGGGCAGCAGGGGAGAGGAGUCACGUUCCUCUUCACAGACAACGACAUCAAAGACGAAGCUUUCCUCGAGUACAUGAACAACGUGCUGGCGAGCGGCGAGGUGUCCAACCUGUUUGCCCGUGACGAGCUCGAUGACAUCACUCAGGAUCUGAUUCCUGUCAUGAAGCGGCAGCAUCCUCGCCGACCUCCGACCCCCGAACUUUACGACUACUUCCUGUCCCGCGUACGCAGCAACCUGCACGUCGUCCUCUGCUUCUCGCCGGUCGGGGAGAAGUUUCGCACCUCGCGCCUUAAAGCUUCACUGUUCUGGCUCCUGGAGGAACCUCUGAUCUACGGGUCCCGCUUGGAUAUCCAGGACAGCAGUAGACCUGGUCUCACUCAGCGGUUGGUUUCAGCUGGAACAGUGAAGCUGAGACGUAUAGUGGAAGCUGCAGGUCCAGGUCUCGACAACGUGAAGCAGCAGGUGCAGAAGGUGAAGGAUAAAGCUCAGCUCAUCGUUGAUGAGAUUGAAGCUGAUAAAUCUUCAGCAGAGUCCAAACUGAAAGCAGCGAAACCGGCGCUGGAGGCUGCUGAGGCUGCCUUACAGACCAUUAAACCUGCUGACAUCGCCACAGUGAGGAAGCUGCAGAAGCCUCCUCAUCUCAUCAUGAGGAUCAUGGACGCUGUGCUGCUGCUGUUCCAGAGGAAGAUCGACGCGGUGACCAACGACCCCGAGCGUCCGUGUCCGCGUCCGUCUUGGCCCGAAGCCAUGAAGCUGAUGCAGAACUCGGCCUUCCUCAGCAUGCUGCUCAACUUCAGCAAGGACUCCAUCACAGAGGAGGUGGUGGAGCUGCUCGCUCCCUACCUGGACAUGGACGACUACAACCUGGAGUCAGCCAAGAGGAUCUGUGGUAACGUGGCGGGACUCUGCUCCUGGACUCAGGCCAUGGCCGACUUCUUCGCCAUCAAUAAGGAAGUCCUGCCGCUGAAGGCUAACUUGGCCCUGCAGGAGGUUCGGCUGGGAGUUGCUCAGGCCGAACUGGCCAAAGCUCAGGAACAGCUGGAUGCUAAACAGCAGGAACUGGAUGCUGUACAGGCGCUUUAUGACGCGGCCAUGAAGGAGAAGCAGGACCUGCAGGACGACGCUCAGGCCUGCCGCCGCAAGAUGGCCAACGCUACGGCUCUGAUCGACGGGCUGGGAGGAGAGAAGGUGCGUUGGACGGACAGCAGCGCUGGGUUUCAGACUCAGAUCAAACAUCUGGUCGGUGACGUCCUGCUGUCCACUGGCUUCCUGUCUUACUCUGGUCCCUUCAACCAGGAAUACCGCAGCCUGCUGCUGGAGCUGUGGAAGAAAGAGAUGGAGGAGAAACUAAUCCCCUUCAGUCCUGAGCUGAAUGUGAUCGGUCUGUUGGUGGAUAACGCCACAGUGAGCGAGUGGAACCUGCAGGGUUUACCCAGUGACGACCUCUCCAUCCAGAACGGCAUCGUGGUGACAAAGGCGUCCCGCUACCCGCUGCUGAUAGACCCCCAGGGCCAGGGCAAGACCUGGAUCCAGAACAGAGAGCGAGACCAGCAGCUACAGGUGACGUCUCUGAACCAUAAAUAUUUCCGCUCCCACCUGGAGGACAGUCUGUCUCUGGGGCGCCCCCUACUGCUGGAGGACGUUGGGGAGGAACUGGACCCCGUCCUAGACAACAUACUGGACAAAAACUACAUCAAGUCUGGAUCCACUUAUAAAGUGAAGGUAGGAGAUAAGGAGGUGGAUGUGAUGAAGGGCUUCACGCUCUACAUCACCACUAAGCUGGCCAACCCUGCGUACAGCCCCGAGGUCAGCGCCAGGACGGCCGUGGUCGACUUUACCGUCACCCUGCGAGGCCUGGAGGACCAGCUGCUGGGUCGAGUCAUACUGCUGGAGAAACAGGAGCUGGAGGCGGAGCGAGUGAAGCUGCUGGAGGAGGUGACAUCCAACAAGAGGAAGAUGCAGGAGCUGGAGGACAGUCUGCUGUUCAGGCUGACGAGCACAGAGGGGUCGCUGGUGGAGGACCAGUCUCUGAUCGAGGUGCUGAGGGUCACCAAGACCACGGCUCAGGAGGUGAGUGAGAAGCUGUCAGUUGCCGCGGAGACGGAAAUAAAGAUCAACCAAGCCAGGGAGGAGUACCGGCCGGUGGCCACACGGGGCAGCAUCCUCUACUUCCUGAUUGUGGAGAUGUCUCUGGUCAACGUCAUGUACCAGACCUCGCUGCGGCAGUUCCUGGGACUCUUUGACUCGUCCAUGCAGCUCUCUGCCAAGUCACAGCUCACCUCCAAACGCAUCAGCAACAUCAUCAACUUCCUCACCUACCAGGUCUACUGCUACACAGCCAGAGGUUUAUAUGAGGAGCACAAACUGCUCUUCACUCUGCUGCUGGCUCUGAAGAUUGACCUGCAGGACCGAAACAUCUCGCACCCCGAGGUGCUCACCUUCGUCAAAGGCGGGGCCUCUCUGGAUCUGAACUCUGUUGAAUCCAAACCGCGGCGCUGGAUCCUGGAUCAGACUUGGCUCAACCUGGUGCAGCUGUCCAGCCUGACGCCGUUCGCCCAGAUCCUGACCCAGGUGAGCCAGAACGAGCGUUCCUGGAGGAUGUGGUUCGACCAUCCGGCACCAGAGGACGCCCCGCUGCCUGAUGGGUACGAGGAAAAGCUCGACACCUUUCGGAAGCUUCUGCUCAUCCGGAGCUGGUGUCCCGACCGGACCAUCGCUCAGGCCCGGCGAUACAUCUCAGGCUCUCUGGGUCAGCAGUACGCUGAAGGUUUGGUUCUGGACCUGGACGUCAUGUGGGCCGAGAGCGACAGCAGGACGCCGAUGGUCUGCCUGCUGUCCAUGGGCUCAGAUCCCACUGAGAACAUAGAGAGACUGGCCAAGAACAAGGGGGCGCCGUGCCGUCCCAUCUCCAUGGGUCAGGGCCAGGAGGUUCAUGCUCGCAGGCUAUUGGCCAACAGCAUGACGGACGGCGGCUGGCUCCUCCUCCAGAACUGCCACCUGGGACUGGACUUCCUGGACGAGCUGCUGGAGACGGUUACCACGGCGACGCCAGAGAGUGUCCAUAAGGGCUUCAGGGUGUGGCUGACGACCGACGUUCACCCCAGAUUCCCCAUCAACUUCCUUCAGUCCUCCAUCAAGUUCACCAACGAACCUCCUCUCGGGAUGAAAGCUGGUUUAAAGAGGACUUACAAUGGCAUCACUCAGGAUCAGUUAGAGAUCAGCAACCUGCCUCAGUGGAAACCUCUGCUGUACGCUGUGGCCUUCCUCCACACUACUGUACAGGAGCGUCGUAAGUUUGGUCCUCUGGGCUGGAACAUCCCCUACGAGUUCAACCAGGCAGAUUUCACCUCCAGCAUGCAGUUUGUCCAGAACCACCUGGACGACCUGGACUCCAAGAGAGGCGUGAACUGGAGCUGCCUGCGCUACAUGUUGGGUGAGGUCCAGUAUGGCGGCCGGGUGACCGAUGACCUGGACAAACGUCUCCUGAACACUUUCACUCGGGUCUGGUUCAGCGAGAACACCUUCAGUGAGAAGUUCUUCUUCUAUAAAGGCUACAGCGUCCCGACCAAAGCCAAGACCGUGCAGGACGUCCUGCAGCACAUCGAGGCCCUGCCGUCGGUCGACUCGCCCGAGGUUUUUGGGCUUCACCCCAACGCUGACAUCACCUACCAGACCAACCUGGCCAAUGAGACGCUCAGCACCAUCAUCAACAUCCAACCCAAGGACAGCGGGGGCGGGACCGGAGAGACCAGGGAGGCCAGUGUGCAGAGACUAGCCAAUGAGAUGCUGCAGAAGCUACCACCUGACUACGUCCCACAUGAGGUCAAAGGUCAGCUACAGAAGAUGGGUCCGCUCCAGCCAAUGAACAUUUUCCUGCGACAGGAAGUAGAUCGCAUGCAGCGAGUCAUCAGCAGUGUACGAAGCACGCUCACUGACCUCAAACUGGCCAUCGAUGGCACCAUCAUCAUGUCGGAGGACCUGCGCGACGCUCUCGACUGCAUGUUUGACGCUCGGAUCCCUCGUCUGUGGCUGCGGCUCAGCUGGCCGUCGGCAACGCUGGGCUUCUGGUUCAGCGAGCUGCUGGAGAGAAACCAGCAACUCAGCAGCUGGAUCAGCACCGGACGGCCAAACCAGUUCUGGCUCACCGGCUUCUUCAACCCGCAGGGCUUUUUGACCGCCAUGCGCCAGGAGACGACACGCUCCAACCUGUCUCGAGGCUGGGCCUUGGAUACGGUCACCCUUAGCAACGACGUUACCAAGAUGAUGAGGGAGGACGUGUCGGCCCCGCCCCCAGAGGAGAUGGGCGGAGUCUACAUCUACGGCCUCUUCCUGGAUGGAGCGGGAUGGGACCGGCGCAGCGCCAAAAUCACUGAGUCCCCGCCCAAGGUUCUCUUCACUCCGCUGCCCGUGGUUCACGUCUACGCCGUCAGCUCAGCCAACAUGGCCGACAGCAAACGUGGCGGCGAGGCGCUCAGCUCGUAUUCGUGUCCGGUUUAUAAGAAACCGCGACGGACCGACCUGAACUUCAUCUUUUCACUGCAGCUGAGGAGCGUGCAGCCGGCGGAGCACUGGACGCUGCGAGGCGCCGCGCUGCUCUGCGACUGCAAGUAA